AUCGACGCCGAGCCCCCUUUCCUACACGAUCACAAGCCCGUCUUCGGUCGUUUUCCACUUUCCACAUCACGCCGGUGAUCAAGCUGAGGGCACACAGCCAGGCAAAAAGAGUCUGUCUUCGCUCCUUGGCUCAACACCAAGUCUGUCCAAAUCAUCGAUCAGUGGGUCUGGGAAGGCGGCAGCGAUAUCGACAUCGACAUCGACAGCGCCGGCAUCUUCAGCGAUAUCUGCAGCUCAGAUGGCCCAGAGGAUCCUCGGCACACGUAUCGUGUACUCUCACCAUCCGGAUCUGCCCUACUAUGAUCUGCAGUGUGUGGGCUUGGUCGACUGGAGCCACGAGGGAGACUAUGAGGUCCAGAAUCUUGAGGAAGGUGAAACGCUCUAUUUUUCAACGUGCUACAUUGGUGAAGAGGAAGAGAGCCUUCUGUCCCCGCCGCUCUUUAUUCCCUUGGCUUCGGCUAUCCCUCUUCCGCGCUCACCCGAGAUGCACCGGGCGACGAUCGUCGAUACGUCCGGAAUGGAACACUACCACGAGCUUGCUCAAAGCUCGUCACAGUCAGCCGACGAUGGUACUAUGUUCCGCAUGAGCGUGACUGACGAACGUAGCAUUAUGGGUCGGAUCGCCAAGGGCCCUGGAUCGAUGAACCAGCUCUAUCGGUCUUCAUCCAAGGGCUCGAACCUGACACUCAAUCAAAAGGUCGAGAACAUGCAUCAGGGGAUGCCAGCGUACUACGACGAGUCUCUCGGGAUGGUUUACCCGCCCAUGUCGUCAGCUACAAACGCCAUGCAUCUCCCGCCUCGACGCGCAGCUGCAGACGAUGCCAGCGUGACGAGCGCUGGAAGCCUGGGAAACUGGAGUACGACCAGUGUAUCUGCUGCUGGCCAAGGGCUUUCGAAAACCCAGACAAGCAUCACGCCACCCUCAGGGCUUCCGCUGACGGGAGGUGCUGGCGCCGGUGCCCACCAUAAUCCACAAGCAGGACCUGGGGCGGCAGGAAAGGGGUUCAACAAGCGGGCAACUCUGCAGGCCCCGGGCGCAUCGCUCAAGAAAGGAUUCCGCCGUUCAACGACAAACAUAGCCGCCGAGGCUGCACCGGCAGCGCCUGCAUUUGUGCAUGCGAAGCCCAACAGUCAGCCAUCUCCAAAGGCUGGCGGACUCUCCGCUGCGCCGUCGGCAGUGACUUCGCCGACAUCUACGAACCAGACCGACUCGCACACGAUUACGCACAAGUCGAGCUCGAAAACCGAGAAGAAAGCAACACACUGAUUCGCUGCGGUACUAUUUGUGUUUUGAACAUCAGAUCGGGCUGCUCGCGCCUGC